AUGCAGUUGAUACAUCUGACCCUCGUUAAUUUUCUUUUCCUCCUUUGCUGUUCGGCUGGCCCGAUCGCUCAUUUCGUUCCAAAAAUUAGGGAUUUGGGACCAGGCGAUGAAUCGGCACACAUAUCCCAGCCCUCGUCGUUGGUUCUGCAUAAUCUCCAGGGAUUCGUUAGUAGUGAAAAGAACGAUUUCUUAACUGUCAUCCCUGUGACACCUUCCCUCACCCAAAGUCCACUUGUACCUGAUACAAGUUCAGCGGAUCAUACCCAUCCUACGACUCAAAGCGUUGAACAGUCAUCUGCAUCGGCUCCUGUGCUCUCGCAUACAAUUGCAACUACAACUCAAUCAACCGUUUCAGUUUCCACAACCUCGGAUGACAAUCUCACAGCACACCCGAGCCAGGAGGCUACUUCUACGUCUACUUCAGUUCCAACUCCCGAGAACUCAAACGCCACUCCAUCCCAAUCAAGUCCGACGGUGCAUGGUCAUACCGACAUCACUUUGAGCAGUCAAAAUCCAACUGAAUCGCCAUCCCUUACCUCCCACAAUGUUCCAUCAGGUCCAAGCCUAACGGCCCAUAGUCCGCCUUCAGUCCAUUCAGCCGGGCUGCAUUCAACUAUAUCCCCUCCUGUUCCGUCGCCGCCUCAAAUUCCGGGGCAGACACCCUCGGGUGCAAGUGCAACCGUGUCUAACCCGGCAAUUAAAUCGAGUGAACAGCAUUCAACUGGAUCUUCGUCCAUUCCGCCGCUAUCUUUGAAUUCAGCCCAGAGGCCGUCUGUUUCAGGCCCGUCAGGUACCCCUCACGGCACCACGCAUCGUACCGAGCCAACAGGUCAUGGAACGCAUCUGUCUCCCUCGCUUUCCAGUCCUUUGACGCCUACAACUCCCCCUACAACUCCGUCGUCGCCAGCGGGUAGUGUGGCUGCUUCUACAACUGGCCACUCGCACAAGUCCUCGGCACCUCCAGCAACUUCAACUAAUUUGGCUGUUGGUGUAGUAGGACUCUUGCCAGGAGAAGUCUCAGGCGGCUCUUCCCUCUCCGUUCCCCCAAACCCCUUGGAGACAACAAACGGUGCACAUUCGAACUCAGUCGCCACUGGGAGCAAUCUCGACACUGGUAAGCCUAGUGGUUCGCUCCCUACGGGAUUGAGUACGACAACUCCUUUCCCUGGCGAGUUCACGAUCCAUUCAAGCUCCUCUGCUCAAACACACAAGACGCCCCCGCCUACCAACGCAGAUGAAUCUGCAACAGAGACUGCUACAAUCACAUCCAACUCUGCGCAGAAGGAACCUUCGUCUGUCAUCAGCAGCGGAUUGCCUACGAGCAACCAACACACUGCUCCAUCGGUAUCUGAUCCCGUUAUCGUGAUUGUAACUCCCGGACAGUCCACAUCCUGGACCAACACCUGGUUGCGCGUUUCUGAUAGCACGUCCAUGUCGUCUACCAGCAGCAGCACCACCACCACCACCACCCACACCACCAUCCGGCCCUCCGGGACGAUUGCCAUCCCCGAAAUCCCUACCGGCCCCUCCAGAGAUCCUGAGACAUCUAUCCCAGAGCCAACGGCACCUCAUCAACAUAGUAGUCUCCCCAAAGGGACUGACACGGUGACGACAAUCCACGCCUUUUCCACGGUAACCAAAGUCGUCACUGUACCUGCCUCCGACGAGCCCGAGGCGCCUGCAUCUGCAGAAACAAAAGACCCCCAAACCACCACCCAGGAACCUGAGGCGACCGCAACACCAAACCAGACAGAAAAAGCCAGCGACAUCCCCAACCCACCGUCCCCGUCCCGGAAGAUAAAGCCCACUGCGGAGGGAGGAGUGCCCGCCACGGAAUACUCAACCACUUCUGCCGCACAACCGACUGGCGCCAUUGAAUACCUUCAGGGUCUUCAAGUCGUGCCUGUGACUCCGCAGGGAUUCGUCACCGUCACGGAAACCAAGACGGAAACGACAACGAAGACGAAGACGAAGACGGAAACUGAGACCGAGACCGAGAUUAAGACGGUCUAUAUACAUCCAACGCUCACGGUGACGGCUGGUUCGUGA